UGGAAGUGGAGGAGAUCUAAAUCUCUGAAUGCACAUCGUUCCAGUGGCAUAUCUCAAAACAACAACACAACAAAACCACCAUAAUCUAGGAUCAACGUAGAAAGAGAAGGAGCAAAACAUGAACGGGAACUGAAUUAUUGUAAGUGCAAGAUGUUAUCAUGACAACAGAAAUAAUGGACAUUAAACAUGAUGUUAAUACAAAGUGUACUAACACCAGUGCAGCAGAAAAGAAAAAGCAGGGCAAAUUCCAAACAUUCAGGAAGCUGUUCGGUAAAAAGAGAAAGAAGGUGCCUCCAACAUUUGCUGAAAAAUUAAAUCUAAAAUCCAGUCACUCAUCUGGGGAUGUUCGAAAUGGCAUUGGAUCAGCUACUGAGGAAUCGGAAGAUGAAUUAAGGUCCACAAGCACAGGAACCAGGGCAUUGUCCCAUGACAGUAUAUUUAUCCCAGCGGGUUCAUCAUCCAACAGAGCAGCAGCACAAGUGACAUCUCGGAAAACCAUCCCGGGAAAAGUUCGAACCCUUCAGCAUCAGCUGGAAAGGAAUAUUAAAUUUGGUCAACCACUGCAGACUCUUACUGUGAAGAAAAUGGAAAAUACCAGAGCCAAUUCAGAAGUUGAUGGGUUUUCCAGAAGUGCGUUAGAAGAAUGCACCCAGCGGGAAUUCCAGUUACCUGGUUCAGGACUCAAGUCUCAUGACCUGUCCAACAGGCUAAGCCCAAGUUUAGGUGAAAAAGGCAGUGAAGCUGAAGAACAGGUUCCACAAGCUCGAUCGUCAAGGCCUGCCAGUGCCCUGCCUUCAGCAAGCUCUGGUGGAACCAUUGAAUCGAUUAAUCUUGAUGCAGUCCCACAGUCAAUGAGCCGCCUCGACAAUACUGCAGCUAAGCACAAACUUUCUGUCAAGCCACGGAAUCAAAGAAUCUCAAAGAAACAUGGGAGACUGUCACUGUCACUGGAUAUGCAGAACGUGACUGUCCACGAGUUUGAAUAUGAACUAGAAGAGAAGGUGCAUAUUCGUGUGGAGAACGGACAAAAACAUUAUAAUACAGCAGAAGGGAAUAAAAAGGAAGAAAAGGGGCAUCAAAAGUAUGAGGAACAAAGAUGUAGAGAGGAAGCGAAGAAGUAUAAAUGGCAGGAAGACCAAACACAAUAUGAAUUUGCAGAACAAAAGAGACUGGAAGAUGGACAAGGGCAGGAAGCACAAAGAGUACACAAACAAGCAGUGGAAGAGCAAAAAGUACAAGAGGAAGAGCAGAGACGAAGAGAAAUGGAGGAGCAAAAAUUACGUGAGGAAGAGCAGAGACGAAGAGAAAUAGAGGAGCAAAAAUUACGUGAGGAAGAGCAGAGACAAAGAGAAAUGGAGGAGCAAAAAUUACGUGAGGAAGAGCAGAGACGAAGAGAAAUGGAGGAGCAAAAAUUACGUGAGGAAGAGCAGAGACAAAGAGAAAUGGAGGAGCAAAAAUUACGUGAGGAAGAGCAGAGACGAAGAGAAAUAGAGGAUCAAAAUUUACGUGAGGAAGAGCAGAGACAAAGAGAAAUAGAGGAUCAAAAAUUACGUGAGGAAGAGCAGAGACAAAGAGAAAUGGAGGAUCAAAAAUUACGUGAGGAAGAGCAGAGACGAAGAGAAAUGGAGGAUCAAAAAUUACGUGAGGAAGAGCAGAGACAAAGAGAAAUGGAGGAGCAAAAAUUACGUGAGGAAGAGCAGAGACGAAGAGAAAUGGAGGAGCAAAAAUUACGUGAGGAAGAGCAGAGACGAAGAGAAAUGGAGGAUCAAAAAUUACGUGAGGAAGAGCAGAGACGAAGAGAAAUAGAGGAUCAAAAAUUACGUGAGGAAGAGCAGAGACGUCAAGAAGUAGAGGAGCAAAAAGUAGGAGAGGAAGAGCAGAGACAAAGAGAAAUGGAGGAGCAAAAAUUACGUGAGGAAGAGCAGAGACGAAGAGAAAUGGAGGAGCAAAAAUUACGUGAGGAAGAGCAGAGACAAAGAGAAAUGGAGGAGCAAAAAUUACGUGAGGAAGAGCAGAGAUGUCAAGAAGUAGAGCAAAAAGUAGGAGAGGAAGAGCAGAGACAAGAAGUAAAGGAGGAAAAAUUGAAUGAGAAAGAGCAGCAAUGUCAUGAAGUAAAGGAGGAAAAGGUAUGUGAAUUGGAGGAGAGAGUUUGUGAAGAAGAGAAACAAAAUAGAAAACUAGAAAAGCAAUAUCAUGAGAUAGUGGAUUUGAAAACAGAGAAAGAAGUAAGAUGUUUAAAAACAAAAGAGAUUAUUCAAAGCCAGGAGAAAGAGAAAAUAUGUUUUAGUGCCACUGGAAACAAACAAUCUCACGAAGAAACACAAAGAAAAGAUUUGGAAAAGCAAAAACAACAGAAAAUAAAAAAACAGUCAGAUUUGCAGAAUCGACAAAGGGUAGAUGAAGAGAGGCAAAAUGAUGGUAAAGUGAUAAGUCAAGAAGAGCAACAAUCCCUUGAAGCACUGGAAGAGGAGCAACGUAGAGAAGAACUUAGAUGGAAAGAGUUGGAUGAAAGACAAACUACGUCACAGCCAUUUUCAUUCCAAGUUGCUUCAGGAGAGAAACAAAUCAUCUUUCCAAAAGUUAAUCUGACUCCUGUGACACAUCCAAGAGAAACCGUGCCUUCUUUAGAUACAAAUAUUUUGCAUUCAUCUUCAAAGUCAAGUAAAGGUCUCUCCUCUUCAAGUUAUGUUCCUCACACAGCCAUUUUGGUCACUGGAGCUCAACUUUGUGGUACUGCUGUUGAUCUGAAACAGAUUAAAGAUACUGCCUGCAAGUCAUUGCUUGGUUUUUCAGAAGAGAAAAAAGCUGAUUUGCCAUUUAUUGAAAGAACAAGCAAGUCAAAUCCUGAUAUGAGGAACAGAAUUGGAAAGUCAAAAUUCAAUCCAGGACAAUCACUUGACCAGUCAAGAGCUUUAACUGAGUGGGCUACCAUUAGGGCUAAAAUUCUUAAAAGUUCUAAUGAAAGAUUGCAAGAAAAGGAAAGAAGGGUCCAUGGCAGAUUUAGUGAUGACUGGACUGCAUACAAAGUUUCCAAUGUGCAUGGCAGUUUGAGAAAAACAUUAUCUGCUAACGCAAAAUUUUCGAUAACACCUGCAUGGCAGAAAUGGGCAGAUGGCAAUAAAGUCAAUGAUGGUGACAAAGUAAAUAUAUUUCAUGAAAAAGAGAAGCAAAAUACACCUGAUGAAAAUGUGCCUGUGGCUAAUUCCACAAUGGAUUCUUCUGAAUCUAGUAGGUCUUUGGGAUCUGGAGACAUUGCACAGGAUGUAACCAAAGACAUAAAAGGUGGUUCCCACUCAGAAAAUCACAAUAUUCGGAUAACAGAUGCUGCUGAAGGCUGCAAAUUUGCCAAAGAUCUCCCAUCAUUUUUAGUUCCUAGUCUUCCUGCAACAUCAAGGAAAGAACAUUCCCUGCCACAAGCUCAGCUUCCCAUUGGUAACCGAGCAGUUACAAAUGUGACCUCACAAACUGAGGGGAUGAUGGAUACAUCACCAUUUGGUAUAAAAUUACGGAGGACCCACUAUUCCCUUCGGUUCCACUAUGAGCAGCAAGGAGAACAAAAAAGGAAGAAGAGAUACAGUGCUGGAGAUAGUAUGGAAGGCAUUCCAGCCUUCCUAGCUGCAAAAGAGAAAGAAGGUGAAUCAUGCACUGUUUCUGAAAAACCAAUCCUUCAGAGCAGACAUUCCCUGGACAGUUCAAGGCUUGUGGACAAGGUGGAAUCUGCCCAACCUCUAUGGAUUACACUGGCAAUGCAGAAGCAGAAAGGAUUUCGUGAACAGCAAGCAAGCCGAGAGGAGAGAAGGCAGGCUAGGGAAGCCAAAAUAGCUGAAAAACUGAUUAAAGAAAAUAUAACAGUCUCCAGCACUACAGACAUUAAAGCAGGCACUCAUUAUAUAAGUACACUGAAGAAAUCCACUCAGGAUGAAGAAAAGAAAAUUGGAACCAAUAUUGUAUCAAAGGUGGAACGUCGUGAACAUUUGAAAAAAUCUGCCACACUUCCAACUUCUGUCACAGUUGAAAUUUGUGAUUCGGUAGCUUCAAUUCCACCAGUAAAGGAAUUGCCGAAGAGAUUCUCAACUCCUGAGGCUGCACCAGUAUCAGUGGAACCUGCCUGGUUAGCCCUUGCCAAGAGAAAAGCUAAAGCUUGGAGCGACUGUCCUCAGAUAAUUAAAUGACCCCAAUAGAUCUGGGAACUGCCACCACAUCCCGUAUAACUAUCACUAAAUAAAUAGUGCUAAAGUGUAUUUUUUGCAUAUAGAUUAACAAUUUUAAAAAAAUCACUGCAUGUGCUGCAGACAUCACCUUUCUCAGUAAAUCAAGAAUGCAAAUAACGUGUAGGUUGUAAAUGUAUAUUUCCAUUCACAGGCUCUGUAGUUUUUCCAAUAUACAGUUUAAAUUAAAACUUUAAAGGAAAUGCAAUUGCCACUGCAUACAUUUAAAUGUUGUGCUCUUCAAAUGUUAAAGGUAUUGUUAACUCCAGCUGCCACCACUUUACACCCAAAUUUUCUUUCAGGAAUGGUUAGAAAAGAUCUUCCCUUUGCUCUCAGAUUUAUCAUUUUGAUUUGUAAUGCUAUGUCAUUUAAAUUGGACCUUAGAAGAAAUGUAAUGCAAUAUUAACUAUUUUCAUAAUUAUAAAUUAAGUUUAAUUUUAUUUCUUAAAUUACAUUUAAUACAUGUGGGUUAAAUUCUGGCAUACAUGCCUGUGAUUCUGGAAUACAAAGGUUUCUUCUGAAGUACUAACUGGUUAAUGUUGUCAAUACUUAUAACAAGGUUUAGAGAUUAGCUGAACUGUAGACCGAAAUGUCAAGGUAAAUAUUGAAACAAAUUACAUACAAUAGUUAAAAGUGACGAAAGAUUAUUGCCUCCCCUUCUCCAUUAUUUUUAUUUUUCACCUUUCCUGUUGAACAAAUUUUGAGUAAGUAACAGAGGUUUAUAAAGUAAAUAUCUGCUUCAUUGAAUGUGAUUGUGGAGUUCUGCAUCGUAAAUUAUAUUUUCAGCACUGCAUUUCAGUGUGGAUCUGCUCUGAACCUCAGUGGUAGUCUAUCACUUUAAAUCUGUCUCCAACUGCACAAGCAUGCUUUAUUUUGCAUACUCAUCUUUAAGAUAUAAGAUUUAAGUACACGGGGAAAAUAGAUUACUGUUACGCUUGUAAAGGAAUUGAGGGAAUACAGAAAUAAAGUCCACAAAAAAUGCCAUUUGUGCCAUACAUUACUUACCACAUUUAGCACUCAUGCUUGUGUCUUUUCGUGUAGCUACAGGUGACCCCUGCGUUAUGGCAGUUUGGGCAAAAGAAAUCUGCUGACUGAAUUCACAAGAUCAUUACCAAAAAUCUGGGAUAAAGAAUAAAAAUUUGCAUACAAAAUUUGUAGGGAAAAAAGUAAAUAAAUAACAAACCCAUCCCGCCCCCAAAACUCUCAUUUCUUGAUGCACGGUUGUUAUAUGGGCCGUUUCCUAGGAGCACAAAUUCCCACCCCCAACCCCCGUUACUCAAGGGUUGCCUGUAUUAAGUUUCGAAUUGCUCAACCACUUUCUCUCCUUUAAUGAAUUUCUUUCCUUUUUUUAAAAAAGUAUUUUUACUUCCUCUUUCCUCUUCAUAAUUAUUUCUUCUUUGGUUCCCACUAUUUUUGUUCUUCUUCAACUGAAUUGCAAAUAAGUAUUUAUUGAGUACCUUGAAUGUCUGCUCUGUUUUCAUUUUUUUUAAAUCCUAUUUAUUUUGUUGACAGCCUGAUCCUCUUCUCUCAACACUUACGUUUCAUUUCUCUAUUUCAGUUUCUCCCUAACAGGUUGAUUUCCAUAUAUAAAAAGAAUGCACAUUGGCAUUUAACAUCUGGCUCAAAAGUGCUUGUCAAUCUUGCAAAAUUUGCUAAAGGAAACCGUGUUUACAAAUGUGAGACCUGUAUACUGCUUCUUAACUUAUCAUAUCUAUGACUAUUCCAACAGCCAAAUAAAUGUUAUUCACUGAACAAUGGGCUUUUCAGAAAUAUCUUUGGCUGGAAGAAAUUUGAACAGGACUUACUAGCUUUUGUUUUCUAUUACUAUGGAGGGGAAGCAGCUGCUUUGUGAAUAUUUAAAUCUUGAAUCAUUAUCUCAUAUUUCACAAAUGAACAGAAUUCAACUGCAAAUUAGUUUCUUAAAUUGAAUAUAGUUUGCAUGGAUUUUUCUAAAUUGAUCCAUUUUUGAUAAAGUCAUCUUCUACAGAUGUUCCACCACUAACACAGUCCUAUUGUUCCUUCAGUCACUGGGGACCAAAGUAUUUAGAAAUUCAAAACACAUGAUGAUUUUGCUAAAAUUGCAUUGCUGCAAGCAUAUUUUCCAUUGUAUUAAGUUGCAAAGGAUAGUAAAAGACAUGUAAAGGAUAAAAGGAAAUUCAAAUGGGUAGAUAGUUUAAUAUAAUUAUUAGUUCCUGGCUGGUUAAUUGUUCAUUGGCACUACAGUUACAUUUCUUGUUACUCAGGAAUCAACUGGUUUGCACUUUGAAAAGCUGACUUUUAUUAAAAGUACACAGCCUUCAUUCCAUCACAAAUAAAAUCUUAUUCUGCCUACCUGAAUGCAAAAUUUAAAUUCACAGGAAUAAAUCAGAUUUUACCUUUACCAGCAAAAAUAUCACCCCUAUAACAUGCUUGAAGUAAUGGAAUUUUCAGCACUUUAAAACUAAGCAUUUAUGUUUUUAAAAACAUCAAAAAGAAAACAGGAUCACGACUGAAAUUAUGGCAGGAACUUAAGUAGAAAUGGCAGCAAUUCUGCCUAUACUGCAACCAGGAACAGAAAAUAGAAGGCUGGAUAAUUCAGAUUAAACAGCCAUUUUUUUUUCUUCCAUUAUAAAAUAUAAGCAGUUAUCCACUAAGUAUUUCUUUUGCCAAUUUAUGCACUUUAUUGUGGUGUUUUUAAAUUUCAUGAAACUUGAUUUAGGUCAGUAUUUGAGAAUCUACUUCUUUGGUUUUCUUGAUGAACUGAUGCACACAUAAAACAAAGAUUACAUUUUAAGUACUAUCUAAAGUAAUGAAAGCACUGUAUACUAUGUCAUUUGCUUAUGUAAUUUCUUUCUAUUAGGGAAUAAAAUGUAACAAAAAAUACAAACCCCACAGUUUUUAUGUAGCAUGUCCAGAUACACCUUAAAUGUUCUAAUCUAGAAGCUCUUGUGGGCUUUCUAUUAAGAUGUUUUAUUACAGUAAAACAUCUUUCCAGGUAGGAUUCAACGUAAAUGCUAUUAUUAUUGUCAACAUACAGAUUUUCAUGCAUUUGAUUGAUACAAUUCUGACAUUUGAAAUUUAUAAAAGAUGGGUUCAAGUGUAUUAAAAUGUAUGAAAAAUAAUAAAAAGUGCAAAUUGUGUAUAUGUAUAGAUAUAAUGCAGACAAACCAGCACAGAAAACUUAACCAUCCUGUUACUCCAAUAACGAAAAUAUUUGGAGUGCCAACUUAAAGUCAGAAACUGAAAUGCCGUAUCUGUAUGUUGUCCAAAACCUUUGCUUAAGCUACUUUGCACUAACAAACAUUAAGUACUAUUAUACUGUCACUUUAUAUUAAUCCUUGAAAUUCAAUCAUAGCAUUUGUUGAGCUAAUUACAUGGAGUUCCCAUUUAUUAAGCACUGAAAGGAAUAAGCACUGUGUAGUUAAUAUAGAAUAAAUUAUCAAAAUGUUUGUUCAAGGGCAAGAUUCUUAUUUUUUUUGGAAUACAAAACUUUUGUCUUGGUGAAUAUUUUGUUUAUAAUUUUACAAUUUCAUUUAUCGUUUUAAAAACAAUGUAGACAAACUAUUUCUGAAAUCAUAAAAGUAUAAAAUGGCAAAGUUACAUAUAAUUAAAAUAACUAUUCCUAAUAUUUCACUCAUUUCAUUGUAUGU